UCCGGCAGGUCUCGGAGCUUGCUGGAGUCCUGCUUUUAAGCUGGCCCCAAACGCUGAGCCCACGACGCUGGGGCUGUCGAGCCACGAUGCCCAGUGAAACUCUCUGGGAAAUCGCAAAAGCCGAAGUGGAAAAACGAAGUAGUGGAAGUGAAGGUGAUGGACUUGAAAUUGGAGAAAAAUCUGUUUUCUUCAUUGGAAGUAAAAAUGGGGGAAAGACUACUAUUAUUCUAAGGUGUCUUGACAGGGAUGAGCCACCAAAACCAACCUUAGCUUUGGAAUAUACAUACGGAAGAAGAGCAAAAGGGCAUAAUGUACCAAAAGAUAUUGCUCACUUUUGGGAACUAGGUGGAGGAACCUCCUUAUUGGAUUUAAUCAGCAUACCAAUCACGAGUGAUACCUUACGGACAUUUUCUAUUGUUCUUGUUUUGGAUCUUUCAAAACCCAAUGACCUUUGGCCCACCAUGGAAAAUCUGUUGCAAGCCACAAAAAACCAUGUAGAUAAAAUGAUAAUGAAACUGGGGAAGACAAAUUCUAAAGCAGCGUCUGAAAUGAGACAGAAGAUAUGGAGUAAUAUGCAGAAGAACCAUCCAGAUCGUGAAUUAGUCGACCCAUUUCUAAUACCUCUGGUCAUAAUUGGAAGUAAAUACGAUAUUUUUCAGGAUUUUGACUCUGAGAAGAGAAAGGUUAUAUGCAAGACCCUUCGAUUUGUUGCACAUUAUCAUGGAGCAUCAUUAAUGUUUACCAGUAAAUCAGAAGCUCUAUUACUAAAAAUACGUGGAGUUAUCAACCAGUUAGCAUUUGGUAUUGACAAAAGCAAAUCAAUAUGUGUGGAUCAGAAUAAACCACUGUUUAUCACAGCAGGAUUGGAUUCUUUAAGUCAAAUAGGAUCUCCUCCUGUUCCUGAUAAUGACAUUGGAAAGCUUCAUGCCCAUUCACCAAUGGAGUUGUGGAAAAAAGUGUAUGAAAGGGUCUUUCCACCAAAGAGUAUCGACAUGCUGAAAGAUACCAAGGACCCUGCAAGAGACCCUCAGUACGCUGAAAGUGAAGUUGAUGAAAUGAGAAUUCAGAAGGAUCAGGAACUGGAACAAUAUAAAAGAAGUUCUUCCAAGUCUUGGAAACAAAUUGAGUUUGAUUCUUGAACCUAAUUCACCUAUAGUGUACUUAUUUCUUCUUUCCCAAAUACAAGUAAGUUUAUUUUAUUAAUUAGCUAUAAUGGUAGCAAGUGAAGGAAGCUAAGAUGUGUAUUUGUUAAAGGAAAAGUGGCAUUUGUUGUAUUAGUGCAAGUCUCUGGAUACUUUUAAGUCUUUUAAGAGGGGAAAAAGUUGUGUAAUUACAUACAGUAUUUUUUAAAAUAAAAAAUAUUCUACCAUUCUCUAA